AUGAGUCCUCCAAUUGUCAACUUUCCCAGCCUUCAACCCGCCAUUGUCUGGAAGGUCAAUGCGGGUGCCGCUCACCCAGUUGGUACGUUGCAGAAUCCCCCGAAUGAAGGAAUGCCUACACUGACCGCUGAUCGUUCUGCGCUCAGGACCCCGUCAGAGUGGCUCGACCCUGAUACAUUUCGUAAGAGUCCCUGGACCCUGGGUGGAGAAACUCCCACCGGCACCAUUGAAACUGUGGAGGGAUUUGAGCCCCAAUUCAAAGGCAAGGUCGUAUUCGGCGCCGACUGGCUCGAGUUCGAUCCAGACCAGAAACAUGCCCGUAUCAACAUGAAGGCCAUUGCUACAACUGAUGACGGCAAGGAGAUUAGUUUUGGAUACACCGGAAUCAUUGAGCUCAACGAGGCGGUGAUGAAGAUCUUCAACCAGACGCCUGAUUCGGAGAGUGUCCCAUUCGGCUUCAGCACGGGAGCACACUCUUUCUUCAGCGGUGACCCAUCCUUGAAGGAACUGGAUAAUAUGACCCUGGUGGGCAAUGGACGAAUGCUAGUGGAUCCGGACACUCGUGUGAUUACCGUCGAGUCUCGCAUCUCGAGGGUUAUUCCUGCUACGGGGUUCGAUUAG